GAACUGAUGCCCUUGGCCAUGACGCACCCCCAACCUCUGUCUGCUCAGGCGCAGCCUGCGUGACCAAGCCAUUGCUGUCCCAGCUGUUUCACGUCACUGUUCCCUUUAUUGAACAGUUUGAUGGGGCAUCGGGCGGAUGACAGCGGGAACAGUUGUGAUCACUGGCGGAAUCCUAGCUACAGUCAUCCUCCUCUGCAUCAUUGCGGUCCUGUGUUACUGUAGGCUCCAGUAUUAUUGCUGCAAGAAGAGCAGAGCCGAAGAUGCAGACGACGAGGAGGAGGAGCACGACCUGCCCGCACACCCCAGAGGCCCCAGCUGCAAUGCCUGCAGCUCCCAAGGCCCGGACGGCCGGGGUGGCCUGGCGCCUUUCACCAGUGAGCCCUGCGGCCAGCCGUGUGGGGUGGCGGCUGGCCACUGCACCACCUGCUCCCCAUACAGCUCCCCCUUUUACAUACGGACGGCUGACAUGGUGCCCAAUGGGGGCGGAGGCGAGAGGCUCUCCUUUGCUCCUACAUACUACAAAGAAGGGGGACCUCCACCCCUCAAGUUGGCAGUGCCCCAGAGUUACCCGGUGACGUGGCCAGGCUCUGGGCGCCAGGCCUUCACCAAUCCAAGGGCUAUUAGUACAGACGUGUAACCCUCCUGCACCCUGACCCCUCCACAUACCGACGCUGCUGUCCCCGCAGGAACAACGGGGGGCAGCAGGGGACCCCUCCAACAGCCCACAAGGACAAUCUCAGUGGUUUUCUUUUGUUUUGUUUGUUUUUGGGUGGUUUUUUUUUGGCUUUUCUUGCCCCACAGUGGAAUUCAAGCUGUGGAGUCACUGAGAACCAGGGCAGGCCCAGAGGUGGGGGCUGGCUGGAUGAGUGGGCAGCCGUGCCUCUCUCUGUGCUGGAACGUUC